CAGCGCUCGGUCGAAACCUGAACACCCAGCUAGCUCGCUUGAGGUAUUCGCGAAUAUCUUCGACAGUGUGUUAUUCGAGGUGGUUGAAUCGGAUUAGUUCGAACCGCGUCCAGUACCAUCCCUUACCGUCGCGAUGCCUCCCGAUGAUCUCCGCCGUCAAUAGCCGCAAUGAAGAAGGGCUUGCAACCGAGCGAGCAGACUUAUUGGCCGGUUUACUCCUUGGUGACUUUAUCGGCCGUCGCAUGUUACCUGAACGGUCUCGGUGGAGAUUUCGUACACGACGAUAUUCCCGCCGUGACGCUGAACAGGGACGUGCUGGCGCUCGAUUCCCUGGCGAACGUCUUCAAAAAUGACUUCUGGGGUACCCCCAUGGUUCAGCCGGAGAGUCACAAGUCCUACAGGCCGCUAACGGUGCUUACGUUUAGGUUCAACUACUUGUAUUUUGGACUUCAGCCCGUGUGGUUUCACGCAACCAACGUCACGUUCCACGUGAUCUCGUGCAUCUUGUUUGCUAAGGUUUGCCUGGAAGUGACCGGAUUGAAGUCGCCGCUCGCAGCGCUAGGAGGAGUCCUGUUCGCCGUGCACCCUAUCCAUACCGAAGCAGUCACCGGAAUCGUGGGCCGUGCCGAUUUAUUAGCAGCAGUAUUCUUCUUGCUCUCCCUAUUGGCUUAUCACGGGCAGACUACCACUGACGAUCGCGUAUGGACGAGCGUGUUAUACGGAGCGCUGAGUAUGUUGGCCAAAGAAAGCGGCAUCACCGUAUUCCUGGUCAACUUAACCUACGAUUUCUACUUACACUGGACGUACGUUAAACGCGCUAUAUUCGACCUGAAACCCAAUUCCGAAGCCGCGAGUUUUGCGAAGCGAUUCACGAAGGUCGGAGUAUCGACGGCGAUCCUGUUGACUUUGAGGCUAACAAUACUGCAAGGAUCUUUGCCAAAGUUCUCGGAACAAGAUAAUCCCGCCGCCUUCCAUCCGUCGUUCCACGUCAGAGUCCUCACGUUUUGUUAUCUGGCCGCCUUCAACAUGUGGCUACUCGUCUACCCGUCCAACCUGUCCCACGACUGGCAAAUGGGUUCCAUACCGCUGGUAACGACCUUAAAUGACCCCAGAAACUUCCUCACGUGCUUUUUUUUCGGCGGUGCGCUUCUCCUGACGGCCAAGUGCCUCUUCGACAUCGAGAAUCACAGACGAGCUCCGAUGGUGCUGGGGUUUUGCUUGCUGAUGUUCCCCUUCUUGCCCGCUUCGAAUCUGCUGCUCACCGUCGGAUUCGUCGUAGCUGAACGGAUCCUGUACUUGCCAAGUCUCGGUUGUACCUUAUUGGUGGUACUCGGAAUCCAGGAACUGCUACAAAACUACUACAAAAACAGGCAGUUGAUAGCCUGUUGUGUCUUGGUGCUUAUCAUCGGAAGCUUUCUGAGGACGUUUAUAAGAAACAAAGACUGGGGCUCUCGCGAAAGUCUACUAGCUGCUGGCCUGCAGACGUUGCCUCACAACGCCAAGAUGCACUACAACUAUGCCAACUUCCUGAGGGAUUCCUCGAGAACCGAGCUGGCAAAAUCGCACUAUUAUACAGCGCUGAAGCUAUGGCCGAGCUACGCCAGCGCCCACAACAACCUCGGUACUAUGCUAGAUAACGACGCUGAAGCGGAGUGGCACUUUUUAGCCGCCAUUAGGGCGUCCGCGAAUCACGUCAACGCCCAUUACAACUUGGGAAAGCUCUACAGGAAGUCCAACAGGACUUACGAGUCUGAGAAGAUGCUCAGGAAGUGUGUCCAAGUGGAUUGCAAGUUCACUCCGGCUUAUUUGGAGCUGGCGAAGCUACAAACUGUGCCCGAUUGGGAGGUUUCUCAUUUUCUGAGGAAAGUGAUAGAGUUAAAUCCCUCCGAUCCCCAUUAUGCCGCUCUGUUUGGCAAAUGGGUUCUCAAUAAAAGCUAUCAUCGGCUAGGGCUUCAGUACUUCUGGAAGUCCUUGCGAGUAUCGCCCAGCUACAGGUGUGCAUUAGUGGAGGUGUUGAAAUUAUUCCGAAAGUUAGGGCAGAAGUCUAGGCUGUUUCAAAUGAUAACUAGGUGGCACAUAAUCAAGAGGCACAAGAAUGUAAUAAGUCGCAACGUGUACCUGCAAGAUUGGAACCUGAAAAAUGAGCUCAAAACCAAGGCAAAAAUUUAUAAUUUGAGAUCGGAACUAAAUAACUUUACCAUAAGCUACAGGGUGGACAAACAAAGUCCCAAGCCGAAAUACAUGGCCAACAACAUUACUUCGUAUAUGGUUGGUCACAUGUUGGACAACCUGUAAUUUUUUUUCUUGGACAUUGUUUUGCUCAAACAGAUGCUUCUGUAGUAAUAUUUACUGGUUUUCAGCCAAAAAUAUGUGCGAGAAUUUCGAUGGACAGCGCCGCACUUUGACCGAUGGGGCCACAAAAUGUAUACUAAUUCUGUCUGGGUGGUGUGUUAAUUGGAAUUGGGUUUUUACGCCCCGGUAUGUUUAAGUUGUAACUUUUGUA